AUGGACACAUCCGGAUCUUCAACGAGUGAACGACGUCAUUUUCCAAAUGGACGUGAAGAACGUCCGAUGAAAACUGACUUUAUUUGUCGUGUGAAGUACAGUAAUGGUUUGCCUGAUAUACCGUUUGACACGAAGUUCUUGUCGUGCCCGUUUGUUUCUUUGAGUCGGUUUACUGAUUACAAGUCAUCGAGUUUGGAAAAAAAUUUUAAAUUUGAAUUACUCUGUGAACCAGAUUGUGGUGUUAGUAUUGACCUAAUUAAUCCUGAAACGUAUUAUGUUGAUCCAGUCGCUCCAAAAAGGCAUCAUCCUAUUGAUCUCGAACUUCUUGAAGAUGAACAGGCAAAUCCUCAAAGUAUACGCAGGUCCUUGCAACACAGUAAAAUGGUGCCGUGGAUGAGAAAAACUGAAUACAUCAGUUCAGAAUUCACAAGGUUUGGUAUAUCAGCUGAAAGGCAGGAAACUAGAGUUGGGUACAGUACAAAGAAGAAAUUCCAAACAGAUGUAUUAUACAGAGAUCGAGCUUCGCAGAUUGCUGCUAUCAACAAAACCUUCGAUGAUGCUUCUAAACCAGUGUCACAUCAUCCUACAAAAAAAGGAGUAACUGUUGUGGAAGAAUUACCAUUGUUGCCAGAUUUCGAUAACUGGAUGCAUCCUUUUGCAUUGGUUGUUUUUGAUGGUGACCCAAUUCCUCAAAAUGAAAAGGCUGAUGCGCAUACAUUGAUGCCUCAGGCUCUAAUUCGUGGUAUGAUGGAUGAAGAAGGUGAACAGUUUGUUACUUAUUUUUUGCCAUCUAAAGAAACUUUAAGCAAACGUAUGAAAGAUACAGAAGAAGGCAUCGAAUUUGACCCGGACUAUGUAUAUGAAUAUCAGUCAGUUCGAGAUUACAAUUGGCUAGUGAGAAAUAAAUCAACAAAAGGAUAUGAACAAGACAACUUUUUAUUUACUAUUCGUGAUGGUGCUGUUCAUUACAAUGAACUUGAAACAAAGGUUUCACUAAAUCGACGAAAAACGAAACGAAUAAGGGUGCAGUUUGGGUUCUUGAUUAGUUUGAAAUAG